GCUGUUUGCGCCUGUCACGGGGUUUAGUAGUAGUUUGCCGGUUGCAUCAGCCGGUGAUUGUCAGUUCUUUCGGUUUCUAAGCAGGAAUCACCGGAUCAGCCCCGGCACACUAUGAGCGAGAACGUAACCGAGCAACUGGGCAGCAUGAACUUGAACAAGGGAACCGAUAAGCCAAAAGUGGAAGGGGGAAAACCCAAAGAAGCAGGAAAGAAAAAAGGCAAGGAUGGAUCUGGUGGUGAUGGUCGUGCAGAGUUGAAUCCUUUACCUGAAUAUAUCAACCAGAGGCUUGACAUUUACAAUAAACUGAAAGCAGAACAUGAUGCCCUUCUAGCAGAGAAAGCCACAAAGGACAGUAAACCUAUCAAAGUCACCUUGCCGGAUGGCAAACAAGUAGAUGCCGAAUCUUGGAAGACCACGCCAUAUCAGUUAGCCGCUGGGAUCAGUCAAGGUUUGGCUGAUAAUACUGUUAUUGCAAAAGUAAAUAAAGUUGUCUGGGACCUUGAUCGCCCGCUGGAGGAGGAUUGCACUUUAGAACUGUUGAAAUUUGAUGAUGAAGAAGCUCAGGCGGUAUACUGGCACUCGAGUGCACACAUUAUGGGAGAAGCGAUGGAGAGGGUAUACGGCGGUUGCUUGUGCUAUGGACCACCUAUUGAAAGUGGUUUUUAUUACGACAUGUAUCUUGAAGAUGGUGGUGUGUCCAGCAAUGACUUUACUGGCCUGGAGAACCUAUGCAAGAAGAUCAUGAAGGAGAAGCAACCAUUCGAGAGACUGGAAGUUAAGAAAGAAACUCUCCUGGAGAUGUUUAAGUACAACAAGUUUAAGUGUCGAAUUCUAAAUGAGAAGGUAGAUACACCAACCACAACAGUAUACAGGUGUGGCCCUUUAAUAGAUCUGUGCAGAGGACCCCAUGUGAGACAUACUGGAAAGAUUAAGGCUCUAAAGAUCCAUAAGAACUCCUCCACCUACUGGGAGGGUAAAGCAGAUAUGGAAACACUGCAGAGAAUUUAUGGAAUUUCCUUCCCAGACUCCAAAAUGCUGAAAGAAUGGGAGAAAUUCCAAGAAGAGGCCAAAAACCGAGACCAUCGAAAGAUUGGAAGAGAACAGGAGCUUUUUUUUUUCCAUGAGUUGAGUCCGGGAAGCUGUUUUUUCCUCCCUAAAGGAGCCUAUAUUUAUAAUCAACUGAUCGACUUUAUCAGGCAAGAGUACAGGAAGCGAGGUUUCCAAGAGGUGGUCACCCCAAAUAUUUACAACAGCAAACUGUGGCAGACCUCAGGACAUUGGCAGCACUACAGUGAAAACAUGUUCUCAUUUGAAGUUGAGAAGGAGAUCUUUGCUCUCAAGCCAAUGAACUGCCCUGGACAUUGUCUAAUGUUUGAUAACCGCCCUCGCUCUUGGAGAGAGCUGCCCUUGCGGAUGGCUGACUUUGGAGUUCUUCAUCGUAACGAGUUAUCGGGGGCCCUGACAGGACUGACCAGAGUAAGACGGUUUCAGCAGGACGAUGCACACAUAUUCUGUGCCAUGGAGCAGAUUGAAGAAGAGAUCAAGAGUUGUCUGGAUUUCUUACGCUCUGUUUAUGACGUCUUUGGAUUCACGUUCAAACUGAACCUCUCUACCCGUCCAGAAAAGUUUCUUGGGGACAUUGAAGUGUGGAACCAAGCUGAGAAGCAACUUGAAAACAGUUUGAAUGAGUUUGGAGAGAAGUGGGUGUUAAAUCCAGGAGAUGGAGCAUUCUAUGGGCCCAAGAUUGAUAUCCAGAUUAAGGAUGCGAUUGGAAGAUACCACCAGUGUGCUACAAUUCAACUGGAUUUCCAGCUGCCAAUUCGAUUUAACCUCUCAUACGUUAGCCCGGACGGCGAUGACAAAAAGAGGCCAGUGAUUAUUCACCGGGCCAUCCUGGGCUCUGUGGAACGAAUGAUUGCUAUUCUUGUUGAGAACUAUGGAGGGAAAUGGCCAUUCUGGCUCUCUCCUCAGCAAGUGAUGGUGGUACCAGUGGGGCCAACUUGUGAUGAAUAUGCCCAAAAGGUCAAGGAGCAGUUCCACCAUGCUGGCUUCAUGGCAGAUGUCGAUCUGGAUCCAGGCUGCACUCUCAAUAAGAAGAUCAGGAACGCACAGUUGGCUCAGUACAAUUUCAUUCUCGUGAUUGGAGAAAAAGAGAAAACCAGUGGAACAGUAAAUAUCCGUACAAGAGAUAACAAAGUACACGGCGAACGUACAGUUGAAGAAACCAUUGCGAGACUUCUUCAACUCAAACAGUCACGAAGCAAACAUGCAGAGGAGGAAUUCUAGUUACUUUUUUUUUUCCAGCUGAAGAAAGACAGAAAAUGUUUAAAAAAGUUGUUCAUCAUAAAUUUGAGAUACCACUAACUGAGCCAAAAAAACAAACUAUGUAUUUUGUCCAGUGCUUGUUAAAAAUAAAUACUGUUCUCAGGGGCAAAGGAAAAAAAAAUUCUGAAUGGAUCGUUAUCGUGCAUAUUGUCUGCUCUUUUCCCAAAUGUUACAAAACAGUCUAUUGAUUUAUAUUUU